AUGUUGACGGCGAAGCAAGACGAGGUCGGCCGGGAAUUGCGAGUGGCGACCGGAACGAGUCUAAUUGAGUAUCCUGUCAAGGACUGGUUGCUGAGGAGGCAGCCUACAGAAUGGGAGGCGCUGCUAGGAGAAGCAGCGAUCUUCAGUGGACAAGAUGAGCUGCUCUGGGGGCCGUUCGUGGCGUGUGUAUACCGGGAGCCGCGCACAACGCGACUCAAUUGUCUGUUCAUGGACCGGAUAGGGGUCAUGCACCUGCACUCCGUGGACGUGUCGGACACAUCGCGGUUCUACCCCGCGGUGGAAAACCUCAGGCCGGAAUACCGGACGCAGGUUGUGCGCCGGUGCUUGGCAGUCGGGCUGUUGAAAAAGUACGUGCUAUUAGAUCCGUCGGCGGUGCGACUAAUACGGGCCGAGCUGCCGUACGAUUACGACCAGACCACUGCUGGUGACCUGGCGAACACCUGCGAGCUGGUGGAGGGUCAGGCAGCGCGCGAUGUGGGGCAGCUGCUGGUGCGCCUGGGCCUAGUCCAGCCGCGCCACGUGAGGUCGCUGAUGUUGGACGUGGUCUACGAGAACCACGCCGACGUUGUGGAUGCGAACAACAAGCUGGUAUACUACCUGGGGGAACAGCUCGAGCAGUUGUUCGAUCCGCUGACCGAGUACUCGCCGGAGCCGACCGAACUGUCCUAUCGUGUUCCGGACCAGGUGCGCACUUCACUGUCCGACGAGAUGCCCCUGAUGGUGUCGAUAUGCGAAGAGUUGCUCCAGCUGCAGACUAACUUCACGCUGUCGCUCGUUGGGUUUCUUCAGAAGUUCCUGAUUCCCCUAAGAAUAAAAGCGCUGAACGAACAGGUGCCCGGCCUGUCCACCGUGAAAUUGAACAACAUCUUCCCUCCCACGAUUGAUGAGGUUACGCGCAUCAACUGUAUAUUUUUAGAUGCGCUGAAAGCUGCACUACCAUACGGGUCUCUCGAGGUAUUGAAAGCGUGCAGCAUCACUGCUCCAUACUUCUACAAAGCGUAUACGCGGCACGAAGCGGCGACGAAGUUCUUUUCCAGAGAUAUAAAGUCAUUCCUCAGCACAUUCGGGAAGAGUCUAUCGGACCUAAAUUUCUAUUCCGAGAUUAAGCUGGACACUCUAAUACAUGGACCACAGGAAAAGUUGACCAAACUGAAGUUAAUUAUUGAUCGCCUUUUCGAUUCGAAGGACUGGGAAACCAAUGAGGAGCAGAAAGAGGCGGACAGGUGCUACAGGUCGAUAUGCGAUGUUAUCGAUUCAUUUGGUAAAGAUGAGCCACCAAACACUUAUGAUACAAGGGUCUUCACUCCUUCCGGCAAGAUUUUGACCGAAUUGGCGAAGGGUUGGCCAGCAGAACUUCAAUAUAAGUGGCUAAAAAGGCGCGUUGUUGGCGUAUUUGAUGUUAUCAGCGUUACAGACCCAGAAAGUAGAGAUAUUGUUGUGAUAUUCAGUGACUAUAUCGUAUUUCUUCAUGUCAUCAAUGGGAAUUUGUAUUACUCUGGAGAUUCCAAAAAGCCAUUGAUAUCUGACGUCCUGAUGAAUUCACUAAUAAACGAAGUUCCCCUGCCACCAAAGAUACCGAAGCUUGAAGUUCUUUCACACAGUUACAUUGAUGACGUUGUGGUAUCGACAUAUGGUAAAAAUUCGCUCAGAUUUGACACUUUGAAUGCAGAAAGGCCUUCAUCUGUUGCUUACACGUUAGCCUCUUCAUCCGUGGAAGCCUCGUAUGUUGCAGAUCUGUGCACGAAAGCGAGGAUCUUGGAAAAGGAUACAGCAUUUCACCUUUUCAAGACUGCGAUUGACUCCUUCCAUGUAUACUCCACUGCACAUGAAUCAGAAGCAUAUAAAACAGAGCGCAUCAAAUCUCCCUUUGUUUUGUUUUUAAAUAUCCCUGACUCUAUUGGGGCUCUACAGGACCAUAAUGCCACUGUUGGACUAUUUGCGUCCUUAAACAAAAACGAUAAAGUUACACUUGUACGCUUGGGACUCGAUGGUUCACGUGAGGAAUCAUUUGCAUCCUUGGACAAUUUCUUAUCGCUUAUUAUUGAAGAACUUUUGAUCUUUUACCCCUCCUACCUCUCUUCUGCAACAUCCCCCUUAUUUCAACAGCUAAUGCAAAUAAACGAACAACUUGUACAAACGUUACUAGAUCCAAAGGGUGUGCACUCAGCUAGUAAGUCUAAAUGUGCUUUAAGAACCUCAAAGAAAAAGAAGAUGCCUGCAAACUUAGUAUCCACUAAUGAUAAUUCACGAACACUAAGCCCUGGGACGAUCAUUUCUAGAACACCAAGGACCAUUUCCACGAUUACACCAAAACAAGAGAAGAGAAAAAGCGUUGGCCAAGCCAGUAAUAGUCCUGCAAGGGGCAGUAUUUCUACGACUCCACGCAAGCAUAAACGGGAGAGUAUACUCGGUAAAAUAUCUGGGCUUUUCCAUAAGAAAGACAAGAAAGAGAACAAACGGAAUUCCGUUGGGUCCGAUACUAGAAACCGGCAUGACAAUGGUUCAGUUCAUAUUUUAAGAAACUCCUCCUCCUCAUUCAGAGAGCUGGAGAGUCCACGCCAAAUGAAAAGGUUCUCCUCUGUGGUGCAUACGGCGGUGCCAUCUUCAAGUAAGCGUAGAACAUCCGGUAUAAGCCCCUCUAAGGGAACGGUGAACCUCAGGGCUUUACAAGACGCAGAAAACGAUGACAAUGCUGAUAUAAGCAAGAUCCCGAUCCCAGAAGGUGAAUCUCUCUUCGACGAUACCAUUAGGGUGGAUGGGGUUGACGCGGACUUCUACGCACAGAAGGAUCGCCUAUCCAAAAUAUACAAUCAUGACUUAUAUGGUGAAGUUGUCCCUUCAGCACCCGGCUCGAAGAAUGUUAAUGUGGUUUCCGGUGCUACAAGGGAGCAAGAGAAGCAGCAGAACACACAGAAAGCGAUUGCUAGGGAGCUUCUCGCAAGUGUAGACCAACAGAAAAGGCAACCCACCCACUCGGCACCUGCUGAAUCCCAGAUCGUUAUUCCUGGGCUUCCGCAGAGUAAUGUCCCACAGAUUAAUUUCGGAAGAUCGCCAUCUUUCAUUGAACUUUUCGGUGGAAUGCGUUUGGUAUUAGAUGAAAAUGAUGAGAGCGUCAAUUGGAGAAGGUUAUGCAGUGAACGUUCCCUUAAUGAGAAGUACCAAAUUAGACCUGCCACAUACGCUGGGUGCAUCUCCGGCGAACUGGCUCCUCCUGUUGGUAUUAUAUCCGACCAAAGGGACAGCAACUUAUCUGGUGAUAAUGAUGCAGACACACCGCUUCCCAUGCACAGUUCUAACAAGUCUAUAUUAUCUGAUGAAACAUUGGAAAAAGGAGAGUUUGAACGAGACUUUGCAAUUUCCACACCAAAAUCACAAACCGUCAGCGAUGUAAAUGCGCGCAGAGAAACAUGGGGAUAUAGCCAUAGUCACGACGAAGAGAUUGAUAGCGAAAAAAGGGCCAAUACAAAACCCGUUUCUGCCCCUGCACCUAAUGUGAUUCCAGGUCUUAUCAUUACUGCCAAUUCACCAACCAAGCCAUGGCAUAAGGAGAACACUCGUAUCAAGGUGUCCGAUGUUCGCAGCGAAGGAACAGACGUAUCAUAUAUCUCGAGUUUGAAGAAGUCCUCAAAUAGACUAGUCGAAUUAAGCGUGAACUCACAAGAAGACUUCGAAGACGAAAGGCAUACUCCUGUUAUAGAGCCUAUACAAAACCCCGAGGCUCCUUCACUAAUCGAGAAUACAGAAACAGCACCAGUUGCCAGUAACAGCAGUAAUGAAGAAACAUUAUCAAAACUUCUUGGAUCUCAAGGCGUUAUUGAUUUAACCGAAGAAACAAUUGAUUACAGUAGCAUUAAUAGGAAGCAUGCCAGCAUACAAACAGCUUACCCAGUGCUAGACGAUGUUGAAUUCAGCACUUUUCAUAUGAGUUUUGGUGACAUGAAGGCUGAAGACUCACAUUUAGCCAAUCAACGAGAAUCUUAUCUCUUUUCCAACAGCACAAUUGCUGGGAAAAAGGAUGAAUCGCAUGGCCCCGUCUUCUAUAAAUUGCCUGACUUUGUUGCAGAUGAUUCCUAUUUAGGCUACUCUGCCGUUGAUCAACAUGCGAAGCAUGAGCGUAAUACAGAAAUUGGAGAAGAAGAUGAAGCAAUGUGGGUGUCACCAAGCAAAUUAGAUAUCUUUGAUCUGAGCAAGCAACCAGAGAGUGUUUACAAGAGGACAUCAAUUCCUGCUAAACAUGCUGAGUUGCUUUCAAAGAUGAGAAAGGAUGGUUCAGUGAAAUUCGAGGAAUCAAUGUUUAUAAGAGACAACUCCUACGUCUACUUGGGCCAGUUUUUGUCCGCUGAUGAAGUCAUUGAGCAGCAAGAUAAGAAAUUGGCAGCUAACACGGACGAGAUGGAUUCCGCUAGACGUCUUUAA